CACCCUGGGCCAGUCACUGCCUAGGCAAGAAUCUUCCUGGGCGUGAUAAGCUGGACAUGCACUUAGGUUGUUUUUGGUUUACAACCAAUGUCUACCUUGCCAAAUAAUUGGCUAGCCCACAAAAUUUGGCUGUUGUUUUGAUGGGUAGAGGAUUUUGUCUCGUCCAGCCAACGAUGCCCGUGCCUGUGCUAGUCCUGGCCAAAUCAUUGACCACUUGAGGGCGGUGGAAAAUUGGCAGCUUUCCCUAGGUCCAGUUUCAGUCCGUUCUUUCUUUUUCUUUGGCAAGCCAGUCAGUAUCCAGCAGGCCUUCUGUGGCUUCGUGUCAAGUUUGAAAACUUCAAAAGAGUAACUGUAGUGCAACACUGGAGUGUACGAUAAUACUGUAUUUUGAAUUGUAACACUUUCUGCUAUUUUCAGUUUCUUAAUAACUUUCUACGUAUUUAUAACCAAACCAUCCAAGACAAUCCCACCCAAAAAAUUGUUUUUCCACAAAAUAGCUCCACAACUGGCGGAUAAUUCAUAUCUUUAGGCUUCUACGCGAUGGGGGUUCUUUAGGUGUUGCUCUAGGUGUUGAACAGUGCUGGGCUGACAUGUUGGUCAGUCCACUGCGCCGUGUAUGGGCCGAACACCAGUGGGGGUUGUGUCUGACGACCUUGUCACCUUUGGCGGCCAAGAUUCAGACAGUCUGGGUGUUUGAAGAGCCACCAUCUGCCAUGCCACCUCUUCCUUCACUUCCACACUUAUUCACGUGCUUCCUCAACAUUCAACCUAACAAUGCAAUGGCAAGGAGGUUCAAGUAGUAUUUAGUCCAAGAGAAUAGGAGAUGGACACACAUAAAGGAGAAGGAGAAGAUUCACGUCUGAAGGCCAUGUUGUCAUGUCACAAGUUGGAGCGCUUGAUAUGGUAAUGUCCAGGAAACCAACCAUUUCACAUCUCCUCGGUUUAACUCUUCCCUAUUUUUUGAAGAGUAAACUAUCAAGUUAGGCUCGUGAUUGAACCUAUGCAAGAAUCUUCUUGGGCUUACUUAGAUAAGCAUGUCAUUUGGUACAAUGCACGAAUAUCCUCAGAAUGUGUUGUUCUUAUGGAAAGAAAGACGCGUUAGAAUGCACCAACCGAAAUUCAUUAACUACAUUGCGAUAAAGUAGUUGUUGCUCCGUAGAUGUGAAUGGAUCAUCUCAUACCAACGAGACAUCUCUCUCGUUUCCUUGCUCUUUUGUAUCAUCAGCUAUUUAACAUAGUUUUGGUUUGAGAGGACAAACGACAUACCCGUGGUACAUGCUUGAACAAGCACACCACAUCUGUUUGCUUACAAUAUGAAGUUCUUUAGCAUGUUGAGCCAUGAGACCUUGGUAGGCUUGAGUUUUGACUUUGUAAGAAAAUGAUUGACCGGUCAAAGUUACGGUUACAAACACGCAAUAUUGAAACGUUUGUCACGUGCAGAAAUUUCGAAAGAUUUCUCUGGCUGGAAUUAAUUCUAUCACACUCUUUUGGCCGAACGUAAUUGUAGAAAAUAUGAAAGAGUAGACAAUUAUUAAUGUCCUUAAUUAUCGUUUCCAUCAUCUGGCUAUAUAGUAUCUGUGCGAUAUGCGUUUGGCAUCACUUGGCGGCGCAGAUGAAUCAGGUGAGCUCCAGCGCCAUUGGCGGGUCUGAUGUGCCGCCACCACCAGAACAGCAACAGAUGCUGGAUGCGGUAGGCCUCACCAUGGGGGUGGAUACCGUGUUGGCGAUGAGGCGCAGCAUUAACCGAGACAGGAUAUCCGAGCAUAUAGAGAGUAAGAAAUACUUGGCUAACUUGCAAGGGAUGCUGCCAGACCUUGCGACACAGCUCGAGGAAAUAUUGUUUAAAGUUCAUGGAUGCAAGAGGGAGUACUACAAUAUGGUGGAGCGACUGUUUGAGCCAGAAUUGCAGCUUGCUAUCCAGCUCUUGAGUGUCCAGAACCCACAAAAUCAAGAACUGUCAAGGAAUAUCCAAACUUUCCCUGCAAAAGGAACAGAUUUUUGGGCACCUGGUAGUAUCAAGGGCGAAAGUGGAAAUCCUAUGAUGUAUUCUGAUGUGACAUAUAAGAUGGGACUUGCUUCUUCAUCUCUAACAGGCAUGGUGCUUCCACAGAGAAAACAUCCUAAGGUGAUGGAGGCGAAGGAGGUCCCAACGGAACUAAAGUUCAGCUGCCCAGUCUGCAUGAACGAGCUGGUGGAUGCGUCGUCCACCAUAUGCGGCCACAUCUUCUGCGAGAACUGCAUCAAGGCCUCUAUCCAGGCUCAGAGAAAGUGCCCUACCUGCCGGAAGAAGCUGACCCUGCGCGGUUUCCACCGGCUCUACCUCCCGGCGACAAACUAG